AUGGCCGACUCGGUUCCUCUGCAGCAGCGAUGUACCGGAAACAACCAUGAAAUUGAGUGGCUCGAAGCGGCCAAAGCUGCUGGUGUCGACGGAGUCCAUCCCUGCGCUCUCCCUGCCAAUUCCACGAAGCUUCCCUCCGCAUCGAAAAUGGAUCCAAACGUUUAUUUGACCUUUAGAUCAUAUUGGAACGAUUAUCGUCCCGAAGAGGUUUCAUUGGAAGACCUGGGUCUCAGCCAAAAAGAUGCCAAGGAAGCGAAAGCACGUCUGAAGCGGAGUAGUCCUUACAAGGAGGGGAGACCGCUCGGUAAGCUUCCUGAUCUUGGCGCUUUUACUCUCGUCAGGCAUAUCCAGCAACAAAUUACCAACACGGACAGGGAGGAUGCUGCUGAAAAGGUCAUUGUAACUCCAAUCCGAACCCGAAGUCGGACCGCGGCUCUCGACGCGGCCGCUGCGGGCAAGCAGUCCCCCGGGGACCUUCGCUCACCGAGUCAUAUAGCUCCUCAGAUGGAGACCCCAUGGAGCAAGAUUUUCCUUCUCCCUGCGUACGAGCUGCUAGUCGAGCCAACAUCACCCACCCAGACUUCUGGGAGAUCAUGUCCAGACAGCGAUUGCUCCCCAGUGUCUGUGGAUAACAGCGACCUCAGCAACACCGCAUCAUUCAUUAGUGACCAUUCAGCUAUUUCAAUGACAGCUGCGAACAUUUCAUAUACCCGCACUGAGGAUAAAUCUAUUGUCAAUACAUUCCUCAUCCUGCUUCUCAAUGCUCUUGGCCUUGGCUGCGAAGAAGUGACCGCGGAGUGGUCCAUGAAGCGGUGGAUGAUAAAACAUCCCUUUGGGUCUGGAAGUCUGGAGGCCCAGACUGAUGGGUGUCUUCGAAAGCAUGGCACUGGAGACGUUGUGGCUAUUGUGGAGGUGAAGCCCCACCUCCGGGUCCCGUACCAGGCUCCAAUCAAAAUGCAGGAGACCACCCAACUGAUAGCUUUGAUUGCACAAAAGGAAGUCCCGGAUCCCUCUAUCAAUCGUUUUGUACUAUUGUCACAAGAUCGUCAUCAGGUCUACCUUACUGUUGCCGAGUAUGAUGAAGACUACAUUAAAUUCCUGAAAGAAGAGACCGAUCCAACAGCAGAUGAAAAGUCCUUUCUCCUAAUAACAUCUUUUGGUCCCUGGAACGUUAACUCCGAAAGUUCCGUCCGCAAACUAUGCCCCAUCCUUUUAGCUCUUACCACCCGCGCCAGCAAAUGA